AUGGCCCGCUGGAUCGCCAAUGCGGGACCCGCGGAUGUCCCGCUCACUCUAGCCACCAUUCGUGCCACGGCUGCCGUCGCGCGCUUCAGGCCCAACAUGCGGGCAGUGGUUGAGUGGUUGAAUGACGUGUGGAUGAACCUUCCCCCGCGUGCCAUCCAGCGCUGCUGGUGGCGCACGGGAUGCCUUCUGCUCGUUUUGGCACUCUCCUUAGACCACGUGGAAGCCGUCCCGCGCAACAACGGCAGCACGGUAGUCGAUGGCGUGAAUGGGAUCGAGACCGGCCUCGAUGAGGAGGUCAACGAUGUUGGCCUCCUCAUCGACCGGCUCUGCCUCGGUCCGAGCGCCAUAUCGGCCGAGGCGUUCGUGGGGAUUGACGACAAUCAGCCCACGUGCGCUGAGCCCAGCAAGAAUCCACUUGAGCGGGAGCCGCUGCCACGCGAUGCGGCAGUUAUGUGGGAGGCGUCGGUGAACAUGCAGCAGGUGUACGAUGAUAGCAACCCCGCCUCCUGCGAGGCUCGUCGUACUGCGCGCGCGGCGUGCGAGAUGCUGAUCGAGUACGUGCGGGGGACGUACAUCUUGCCGCGUGUCCUGUGCGCCAUUUUCGACAUCCGAAACCCCAUCAUUGUUGCGCGCAUGGAGCGCGCGAGCCCCGCCCUGUCAGAAUGA